AUGGAAAAAGAGAGCAUUUUUAUCGAAAUCAAAAUAGCUCUACAUUUUUCCAAAUCGUUAAACAACCAACACAACAUGGCAUUAUUUAUCGAUGAACUUCAACUUGAUAAGCGAGACACAAUUAGAAUAUUACUAACAAUGAACAACAUCAGAGCAUGCAUAUGUUUUCACAUUAAAAUCAUUGACAUCAAGACAAAAUUUCCAUCACAAGUACACAGCGUGUGCAAGAAUAACAAUAUCAUGUUGUUUUUUACCUCAUGUCACAAAGCAAAACUAUCAAACAUGCCCAAUCCAACACAGAGCUAUUUAUGA